CCGGGCACGCUCUCGUCAGAGCGCGGCUUCGGGCGGAGCAGUGCGCAGGCGCGGCCGGUGGGCCGGCGGGAUUCCCGGGGCUACAGCGGCGGCCACGGCCGCCGCCCGAAGCCGCAGUCCCUCGCUCGCUCCGCUGCUCGCUCCCCCGUGGGCGCCAUGGCGCCGGCCGCGCUGGGCUCCGAGGCGCGCCUCAGCCUGGCCGCCUUCCUGCUGGGCGCCUCGGUGGUGGGGCUGCCGCUGCUCACGCGCUCCGGCCUGCAGGCCCGCACGGUGCUGGCGCUGUACGUGGCGGCGCUCAACGCGCUGCUGCUGCUGCUCUACCGCCCGCCGCCGCGCUACCAGAUAGCCAUCCGGGCCUGUUUUCUUGGCUUUGUCUUCGGAUGUGGCUUGCUGCUCAGCUUUAGCCAGUCUUCCUGGAAUCACUUUGGAUGGUACAUGUGCUCCUUGUCACUAUUCCAUUACUCUGAGUAUUUAGUGACAGCAGUCAAUAAUCCCAAAAGUCUCUCCCUGGACUCUUUUCUUCUGAACCAUAGUUUGGAGUAUACAGUAGCUGCUGUCUCUUCUUGGAUAGAGUUCACAGUUGAAAAUUACUUUUGGCCAGAGAUGAAGCAGAUCAUGUGGCUCAGUGUCACAGGGCUGCUUAUGGUGGUCUUUGGGGAGUGUCUUCGGAAAGCUGCCAUGUUUACUGCUGGUUCCAACUUCAACCAUGUUGUUCAGAAUGAGAAAUCAGAGACACACACUCUGGUGACAAGUGGUGUGUAUGCUUGGUUCAGACACCCCUCUUAUGUCGGAUGGUUUUACUGGAGUAUUGGAACCCAGGUGAUGCUCUGUAACCCAAUAUGCGGUGUUGCAUAUGCUUUGACCGUUUGGAGAUUUUUCCGAGAUCGAACAGAAGAGGAGGAAAUCUCGUUAAUCCACUUUUUUGGAGAGGAAUACCUAGAAUAUAAAAAGAAGGUGCCCACAGGUCUACCUUUUAUUAAAGGAGUGAAGGUAGAACUCUAACCUGAGGCGUGGCAUGAAGAGGGAUGGUGUCUCUGGAGGAGGUGACUCCCACUCCAGCCGGCAGCAGGGAAGGAGCCAUGUGAGCUUCUCCAUUAAGGAGCGAAGGACUCUAGUAGUCGUUUUGUAUCUUACCAGUUAUGCUUCGGAGAAGCAUGAUGGGCUGGGCAAUCAGAAGGCCUUGAAAUGGAUCCAAGAAGGUUCAGAGAUGCAUCUUCAUCCCUGGCAGUGACAGGUAGGACCAGGAGGGAAUGACUCUGUCUCCUCUGGUGGUGUUGCUCAGAGUGGAACUUGGUGACAAGCUGCCUAGUGUCUCCUUGGCCCACCACAGGGGAGUUGGCUGUGGAGACACCAUAGAGAAGAAUGUGCAACGUCGAUGGAUUCACUGCUUCCCGAUAUUUAAAGCUAUAAAAAGGCAAAAAGGUGUGGGUGUGGGUGAGUGUGUGUUGGGGUGGGGUGGGGGAUAUAAGUGCUUCUUAUUUGCAUUAGAAACUCAAUUGUAAAACUUGAUUUAACAGGCAAUCCCAGACCUCACUGCUCUAACCUCUUUGUUUCUCUCCUUUUCAAGUGCAUGAACAUCGGUACCAUGUUGAAAAUAUUUGCUUAUAAGA